AAUUAACUAGUAAGAAAAAUUCUCUCUUCAACUCUCUCUCUCUCUCUCUCUCUCUCUUUGAUAUUCUGUCUCAAAUUGGGGGCAUAGCGGUUCUUUUACAGAUUGUCCAAUCUCUCUCUCUCUCUGGCCGAUUUUGGUCGAUGAUUCAGUCCAACUCCACACCACAUUCCAAUCCCGAUUUCAAAGCUUAAUAGUUAAUACCAGACGGCGCCGAAUUCUUUUCACAAAGGGAGGAAUUAAGAAGCAUUGUCUAAUUGAACAUCCAUAUGAAGCACAUUGUGAAGCUUCUGAUAUUGCUGGUGGCAGUAUCUGCCUUUUGGAUCGUUCUUCUUGAGACCGUGGUCCCACGUUCUUAUGCUUGGUUGUUGCCGGUAUAUUUCAUUGUGUCACUUGGGUGCUAUGGUCUUUUGAUGGUUGGGGUUGGUUUGAUGCAAUUUCCAACAUGUCCUCAGGAAGCAGUGUUGCUACAAAAGGACAUUGUAGAGGCCAAAGAAUUCUUGAAGCAAAGGGGAGUUGAUGUGGACUAUGAUUGAAGGCUCUCUCUUAUGGCGCUUUUGAAGAACCAAGGUGAUUUUAAGACAGUUUCAAUUCUAUAUGAUCACAACUUGAGGUACAAAUUGGAUGAUAAGUUGUGUGGGAGUGUUGAAUUCAAUGAGGUAGAGUUUGCUUACAGCUCUCUAAAAUUGGUUCGGUAUUUGAAACUAUAGAUGCAGAAUAUGUUGGAUGAGCAUAUGUAAAAGUAUUAUAACUUGCAUAUGAUGUUCAUUAAAGAGAAAUUUAUGACGAAUUUGUUUUA